UUCUCCACUUUGCUGCAUCCGGAGUUUGUCCUUCGUGCAGCAGUGAUGCAGAUGAACAACAAGGAGCCGGCCGCCGACGGCAAGCCGCCGACCACCAUCUGUAGCAGGAUUCAGAGAGCCUUCCACGCCCGACCGGUCUUCGGGCCUCUUCGCCGCCUCACGGGCCAACCCCACGACGGCGGAGCUGCCCCUACCGGGGUACCAGGGGGAGCGCCGCCACCGAUUGUGUUGCCGGCGCGUGCACCGGCGCCAUCUCCAGCAGGCAAAGCUCCCGCACCUACGGCCGCACCGGUGAUCCUGCCCGCGGCGCCACAGAAACCGGCUGCUGCCAAGGGAGGUGACAAGCAUGGCCAGGUCCACGGAAGCACUCCUACCGUCACGGCAACCACGAGCAAGGUUGCGGAGAAGGCGGCAGGGGGAAUUCCGGUACCGGUGCCACCUCCGGCAGUCAUGGCUGGAAAGCCGUCAGCGGACGCCAAGGCUGAGGCUGGGGACAAAGCGCAGCAGACGAAGGGGAAGAUCAGGGUGAGCUCCAGGGUCCGCAAGGCCUUAGCCUCAUCCAAGUAGAGGGAUGAUCAACUGGAUCGCCAGGGUGCGCGCCAAGGACGGAACUAGCUGAAUCACGCACCUCCAAAGCCUUUCUCUGUUACCACUGUACUGCUUUUUAUUUACCGAUUUUGAGCUAGGCUCUCCGUUGUGCUGUGACUUCAGAUUUUCUUUCUUGUUGAUGGAUUAUCAGUUGAGAAAUCACCACGAGGGGAAGUCACAGAAACUGGGCCAGACUGUACCGGCAAUAAUAUUCUUGGCUCGAGUUUGUUGAUGCUA